AUGGAUGGAGAGGAUAGUUUUGUGGCUCUGGUCCAUUGCUCUAGAAAAUUUCAAAAGAGCAAACGGCAUGGUGUGAAAUUCACAGAUAGAGAACCGGUUAGUAUUUUUAUCCGAUCUUCGAGUACAUUGGCAGAAAUUAAGCUCAGCAUACUACAAAAGCUCGGUACCCGUGAGACGAAGCUGGUUAAAAAGUUGUUUUACGAGAUUCCCAUUACCGUUGUGUCAACCGGUGUUAGAUAUGAGACCUUUGUGAUAGGGUCGGAUGAAGACCUGCAGGUCUUGUUUAACUGUAGUUUUCCGGAGGUGAGAAUACCUGAGAUGUUUGCGAAGUUGGAAGAUCGUGUGGAUAGCUCUGGGGCAUCGGCACCGGGUCCUCAGUCGACCACAGUGGGUGGUGCCUCGACAUCACUGCCUGUGGUAGCAGUGGUAGUUCCACCUCCCGAGCCCAAACGUGCUGGGGUUGAGUUUGAGGUCGGACCGGAUCGAGUUGAGAAUGCGCUGUGUGAUGAUGAUUCCGAUGAGGAGCCGGUCGAUAUUGGUGGGGACAGUGAAGAUGAUAUACCGAGAGGUGUACGUACAGCCCAUGGAGGUUCCGAUUCUGGAUCACAAGAGUACCCUCCCCACCUGUCGUCUUUGAACUUGGAGGCCAUCGGCCAACACCAGAAUGUAGAGGCAACAUUCUAUGGGCAGGGUAUGCAUGAUGGGACAGGUUUGACUGAAUUUCAGAUUGGCCAAUCGUUCCAGAGUAAGGAGGAAGCUGUGCUGAGCAUGAAAGAUUACAGCAUUCGGCGUGGAGUUGAGUACAGGGUUAUGGAGUCAGACAAUCUAAAAUACAAAGGGAGAUGCAAGGAGUUCAGUAACGGGUGCACGUGGUUGAUUCGGAUAGUCAUGCGGAAAAGGAAGAGCACAUGGGAAGUAAGGAGGUACAACGGACCACACACGUGUAUGGCCACAUCGAUUUCGAGCGACCACAAGCAGCUUGAUUAUCAUGUGAUUUGUGCAAGAAUCUUUUCGUUGGUUAGAGCUGAUGCGUCGGUAUUGAUUAAGGUGUUGCAAGAGGCAACAGAGACAACAUAUGGCUUCAAGCCAAGUUAUCGGAAGGUAUGGUUGGCAAAGCAGAAGGCAGUAGCACAGAUCUACGGUGAUUGGGAGGAGUCAUAUGCGGAUCUGCCCCGCUGGAUCCUUGGGGUCACAUUCACCAUGGACGGUUCCAUUGCUCUGCUGAAGACCUCCCCGGUUAGAGUGGGUGACCAGGUUGAUGAAGAAAGAGUCUACUUUCAUCGCAUGUUUUGGACAUUCCCUCCAUGUGUUGAGGCAUUCCGCCACUGUAAGCCACUCGUCAGUAUCGAUGGGACACACUUGUAUGGUAAGUAUGGAGGGACCUUGUUGUCGGCGAUUGCUCAAGAUGGGAAUUCGAAUAUUUUGCCUGUUGCGUUUGCACUAGUGGAGGGAAAAAAUGCUGAGUCUUGGUCAUAUUUUCUGUCCAAUCUUAGAAGACAUGUUACUUCACAGGAAGGUAUUCUCGUCAUCUCUGACAGACACAACGGCAUCAAGGCUGCGCUGGAGUCACCAGAUAGUGGUUGGCGACCUCUGUAUGCUUAUACGGCAUUUUGUAUUCGGCAUGUUGCUGCAAAUUUUGCCCUCACCUUCAAGGGGCAGGAUGUCAGGAGGUGGCUGGUUAACGCCGCUUAUGUGAAGACUGAAGCAGAAUUUGACUAUUGGUUUGAUAUAAUGAGGUCAGAGAACCCAGCCAUGUGUGAUUGGGCAAACAGGAUGGAUUAUGAGAUGUGGACACAACACAAGUACCCGGUUCGCACUCUUGUCCCCAAAUAA